GCCUGCAGCUGGGGAAUCCGCUGGCGGGGAGAAUCCGUGCCAGGGAAUCCAGCUCUCCGGACUCAAGCUGCAAACAAAAAGCUCAGGUCUUGCUCCCUCCCUCCACGGCCCCCCCGCCCCCGACGCGCACCCGGAGAAAGUUCUGCAAAAAUGCAACAAGUAGCACCCGGAGCUCGCGGAGCGCCCUGCGCCGCCUGACUUGGCCAGGCAAAGCCCGCCUGCAGAGACCCGGGCCAGCCACCGGACAAAGGGCGGAGGAGGGGCUGGACGGCGCUGCUAAGUCCGAAAGAGGCCAUUUAGCGACUCUGGCCAGGCCAAGGGGAAUGCAGAGGAGACACAGAGCCGGCGGGCCAAGAGGACGAUCGGGCCGCAGAACGCAGGGCGGGCGGCGAUGGAGGCUGCCCGCGCCUUGCGCUUCCUGCUCGUGGUGUGCGGCUGCCUUGCGCUCCCGCCGCGGGCCCAGCCGGUGUGUCCGGAGCGCUGCGACUGCCAGCACCCCCAGCACCUCCUGUGCACCAACAGGGGGCUCCGCGCCGUGCCCAAGACCAGCUCGCUGCCGAGCCCGCAGGACGUGCUCACCUACAGCCUCGGCGGCAACUUCAUAACCAACAUCACGGCCUUCGACUUCCACCGCCUGGGGCAGCUCAGACGGCUGGACCUGCAGUACAACCAGAUCCGUUCUCUGCACCCCAAGACCUUCGAGAAGCUCUCGCGGCUGGAGGAGCUCUACCUGGGCAACAACCUCCUGCAGGCGCUCGCCCCGGGCACGCUGGCGCCGCUGCGCAAGCUGCGCAUCCUCUACGCCAACGGGAACGAGAUCAGCCGCCUCAGCCGAGGCUCCUUCGAGGGACUGGAGAGCCUGGUCAAGCUGCGGCUGGACGGGAACGCCCUGGGGGCGCUGCCGGACGCCGUCUUUGCCCCCUUGGGUAACUUGCUCUACCUACAUCUGGAGUCCAACCGGAUCCGUUUUCUGGGCAAGAACGCCUUCGCCCAUCUGGGGAAGCUGCGCUUCCUCAACCUCUCUGCCAACGAGCUGCAGCCCUCCCUACGCCACGCGGCCACCUUCGCACCGCUGCGCUCUCUCUCCACCCUCAUCCUCUCGGCCAACAGCCUGCAGCACCUCGGGCCGCGCGUCUUCCAGCACCUGCCGCGCCUUGGCCUACUCUCGCUCAGGGGCAACCAGCUCACGCACCUCGCGCCCGAGGCUUUUUGGGGGUUGGAGGCCUUGCGCGAGCUGCGCCUGGAGGGCAAUCGGCUAAGCCAGCUGCCCGUGGCGCUGCUGGAGCCUCUGCACAGCCUGGAGGCGCUGGACCUGAGCGGCAAUGAGCUGUCCGCUCUGCACCCCACUAUCUUUGGCCACCUGGGCCGGCUGCGCGAGCUCAGCUUGCGCGACAAUGCGCUCAGUGCCCUCUCCGGGGACAUCUUCGCCUCCAGCCCAGCCCUCUAUCGGUUGGAUCUAGACGGCAACGGCUGGACCUGCGACUGCCGGCUGAGGGACCUGAAGCGCUGGAUGGGUGACUGGCACUCGCAGGGCCGGCUCCUCACCGUCUUCGUGCAGUGUCGCCACCCUCCGGCCCUGCGGGGCAAGUACCUGGAUUACCUGGAUGACCAGCAACUGCAGAACGGGUCUUGCACAGAUCCCUCACCUUCGGUUUCCCCGACUGCCGAGAGCAAGCGGCAUGCCCUACCCACAGCCCUGGGGGAGGAGGUGGCGCCCCCUGCAGGUGCCCUCGUGGAGCAGCCGCCGCCGCAGCCACAGCCACAGCAAAGGGGUCGAUUUCUGCCAGGGGUGACCUGGGAUGGGGCCGCCAGGGAGCUUUUGAGUAACCGCAGCGCCCUAAGGCUGAGCCGGCGGGGCCCGGGCCUCCAGCAGCCGAGCUCCAACGCCGCUGCUGCCGCGGGCCCGGCGCCACACCCCCUGGACCUCCUCGAGAAGCCUGAGCGGGGACGUCCGACUCCGUCGGAUCCAGCCCACACGGAGCCCACCCCGACGGCCACGCUGGGCUCUGCGCCAGCCGGCGACCCCUGGCAGCGCGCGGCGAAGCAGCACCUGGCUGCGCAGCAGCAGGAGAGCACCGCCCAGUCCGACGGCGGGGUCGGCCUGCCGCCGCUGGUAUCCGACCCGUGUGACUUCAACAAGUUCAUCCUGUGCAACCUGACCGUGGAAGCGGUGGGCGCCAACAGCGCCGCGGUGCGCUGGGCGGUGCGCGAGCACCGCAGUCCCCGGACGCUGGGCGGCGCGCGCUUCCGCCUACUCUUCGACCGCUUUGGCCAGCAGCCUAAAUUCCACCGCUUCGUCUACCUGCCUGAGCGCAGCGACUCGGCCACGCUUCGCGAGCUGCGGGCAGACACUCCCUACCUGGUGUGCGUGGAGGGCGUGCUAGGCGGCCGGGUCUGCCCGGUGGCUCCCCGGGACCACUGCGCGGGGCUGGUCACCCUGCCGGAGCCUGGGAGCCAGAGCAGCGUCGACUACCAACUGCUGACCUUGGCCCUGCUGGCCGUCAACGCACUGCUGGUACUCCUGGCCUUGGCGGCCUGGGCGUCGCGCUGGCUGCGUAGGAAGCUGCGGGCCAGGCGGAAGGGCGGGGCCCCCGUCCACGUUCGCCACAUGUACUCUACCCGACGGCCCCUGCGCUCCAUGGGCACCGGCGUGUCUGCAGACUUCUCUGGCUUCCAGUCGCACCGGCCGCGCACCACCGUGUGCGCACUCAGCGAGGCGGACCUCAUCGAGUUCCCGUGCGACCGCUUCAUGGACAGCGGGGGCGGCGGCGCGGGCGGCAGCCUGAGGCGGGAGGACCAUCUCCUGCAGCGAUUUGCCGACUAGAGCCUGGCGAGCUUAAAGUAGAGUUCCUGGAUACCUGCUUAUUAACGAGUGCUGCAAGGCAGCUAUUCAACCUUUCCCACUGAGACACACAUGCCAGACUGUUCACUGACAUCACCCAGACCUUCCUCUUCUGUCUGCAGCGGGUGGCGGCUGCCCGGUUCCGUUCCAGAAAUUUCCGCCGCCUCUCGUCAGGAUCCUCAUCCACCACCCUUCGCCGGCGCCCCCCUGUGGGCUGAGGCGGCUGUAUCGUCUGGGUGGCCUGCAUCUGUUGUGUCGCUGGUGAAACCUGCUGGGAAAGAGAGGGGGGAGGGGGUGAUGGGGAGAGAGGAGGAACGGCUGGGUAAGGUGUUGAAAUGCAAAACACAGGGAGUCGCUUGUUUUAGUUAGCACGUUACACUUGUUUUCUAAGAAUGAAGUCAACAAUGAGAUCACGCUCAUGAGAAGGAAAAGCAUCACCCCCGCUAUCUUCUGUGAUAUUUUGGCAAAAGAUACAGGGAUGAUCUGCGAAAAGAGAGUCAAGUAGGUUUUUUCCCCCUGACUGGCAUUUGGCUGAAUCACGAUAGAAGAAACUUUUUUUUCUCCUCAGAUGUUAAAAAUAUUUUAAGGUGCCUUGUAAAAUCUCAAAGUGCCAAUGUAUGGCACAGGUGAAAACAGAGGUCAGGGUGACUGUCACCCUACUGAUGAGUCUUCUGUCAUCUGCAGAAAACUCCUUCUGGGCAGGUUGUGAAUGCCUUUCAUACUAAUGGUGUCAAAACCAUGUUCCUAGAACACACCUCUGGGACAGCACUGCCAUUGUGACUCCUAUCAAAAGAACCCCCUGAAGCCUGGAAAGCAGCUGAAAUCCUUUUGUCAGUCACAAUUUCACAGUUCUUACUGCAAAUGCCUAGCUGGACCUGCAAACUGCAAAUGGACCUGUCUCCUCCUCAGAGCUUGACCAAGGCUGAAGGAGUUACAGGAGAUGAUUUCUCAGACCCAAAGAGGAAAUCACUUCAAAUUUUGGAAUACAGGAACAGAACUAAUGUUAAGUCUUCAAAUUAGUAACGUUCUUCUGACUUUGGGAAGGAAAUGAGGAAAGUAGAAGAAUAUGGACCACUGCACUCCUACAGCUUCUUUGAUGACCACGUCACAGGCCAGCUCCUUGUUCACUGUUCCCAACGGGAGGAUGGGCCUGCUGCCCAGGAUCUGAGUUCUGUUGAUCAGCGGAGGUGGUAACACAGGCUCCUGAAUGGUCCACAUGGUCAAUGGUGUGACACCUCCAGAAGCCUUCACUGGAGGAGUGCUUGCAAUAUCGAUGAUUACUGACUUGCUCUAGGUAUCAAGGAUUUCUGAAAUUAAGUCUCUGAAUUCACGAAAAAUAACUGAUAUUUAUCCACGGAAUUUUAUGACACUAUGUCGCCAGUUGGAUCCCAAAAUGCUUCCCAAAGUUGGAAAGAGGUAGGGAUGAGAGGGUGCCACGGGAUAGUUACACAAACUAUGCACUUCACUUAGCCAAGGCAGAAGUAGCUUUAAUGCCCAGAUUCACAUCUUGGCUUCAGGAUGUCUGUUGAGAAUGAUCAUAUAACUCUGAUAGCAGAGUGGAUCUUAAAAUCCAUAUUUAUUUCAGAAUCAUUGUUAAGAAAAUUAAAAUCACACCCGGCUUAAUCACUUGGAAUAAAGUAUGCUCCUUUGAAAACUUGUAUAAUGUAACUCAGCUCUGAUGGUUUCACAGUUUAAGUAUUCUUCUGCUUUAGAUUUUGGUUUGGUAGUAAAAUUUCAAAAAAGGCUACCAGGUUGGCAGAAGAGAUUACCAGGGAAAGGGGAGGAUCCUAUAGGGUCUGGGAGGAAAACUAUUCAUACUCUUUGUCAUGUUGUCAUUAAAAAGUAUUAACUGUGAA